AUGGCAGCUUUGCGAUUUCGAAUACGGCUGCCGAGCUGCGGUUUUGCUCUACUCCACGCCGGGAAAGCCCCAGCCGUACUGAACAAAACCCUCGACGUCGACAGUCACCAUGCUCGGUGUAUCCACCGCUACCCCUCACCCCGUGCACAGCAUCGCAACUCUGAUUAUGGACACCAAAAGUCUCUUUAUGAUACCUUAGGACUACCCCCCUUCUCUAGUCCAUCUGAGAUUAAGCGUAAAUACUACGAACUUUCGAAGCUUCACCACCCCGACCGAAACCAGGGCGACCCAACAGCAAACGAUCGAUUUGUCGAAAUAUCACAUGCUUAUAGAAUUCUUUCUGGCUCUGUCUCCAAAACAUCAUAUGAUAGUUCCUUGAAGGUGUCUCGCUCAAAGAGCGACAGGCGUCACCACGGCCAGCGUGGGCCAGUUGGUGGACGUGAAGCGGGUGGACUAUCGAAGAGGCCGGUGAGCCCACAAGGCCCACCCCCAUCGUACUAUCGAGAUAGGCCCAUCAAAUUGGAUGAUCAGGCUAGUACACCACGUUCAUCUCGGUUUAAUUGGGACGAGAAGUACAGACAGCAUUAUAUCUAUCAAGAACGGUUUAGAAAGGGCUCAGGAGCAUACAAGCCUAUUGGCAAGACAAAUUAUUCGGAUGUAUCGGAUUUCUGUUUAAGGGCAGUUGCGGUUGGGACCUGCAUCCUUUUAGUCGGUGUUCUGGGCAGGUGGUUGGUAACGGAGAUCAGCACUGACUAUGAUGAUCGUGUAUAG